AUGGCUCCAGCUGAGGACAGGGCAGCAAGUGAAGUAUGCGAGGAGUUGGACCAGACCAUUCUGCACCUUUUUGAUGUUCUGGAGUCGCUGCAGACCAAGAGAGAGUCUUUUAACCACUUGGUGGAACAGGGUUGGUUCUCCCUCUCCAAGUCGCGUUACGCCAUGGGUAACAAGUCUGUCUCUGCGCUGCAGUAUGGGCAUCAGAUGACACCCCUGGUGCGAGUGAACACUAGACAGAACGAAGGCAGUCAGGUGGCGUUUCAUGUGGUCUCGGAAGGUGGGGAUGCUUCAAAGCCAAAGGCUGAAAACGCAGCUACGAUUGAAGAAAUCGGCCCCAGUGACCAAGUUUUACGACGGCGAAAGGGCCCAGGAAAAACAGAGACUCCGGUCCAGCUUCAGGAGGAGGAAAUCUCUCCGUCCGCAGAGAAAUUAGGAAAGCAAGAUCCUCUAACGUGGUUUGGCAUCCUUGUGCCCCAGAGCCUGCGACAGGCACAAAAGACCUUCCAAGAAGGAAUCCACUUGGCGGCAGAAAUUGCCUCGAUGCAAAGCGAGAUCGAGGCUACUCGAAGGCGGUACCGUACCUUGCUGGAAGAAAAGCGGCGGCUCUUAGCCAAAGAGGAUGUCCUUGAACAGCCGUAA